UUUGCACGGAUUUAUUUGAUCCACUUUUUUCACGAAAAUUUUCCGGAAAAAUCGUAAAAUUCAGUAGAAAUUGCUGCUUGUGAGCAACGCCACUAUGGCCAACUUAACGAAUUUACUCAAUAUAAAUGUGGACAAACUGUUCGAGCAGCAGAGCAUCGCCGAAAUCGAUCAGGUUCACAAGCGGCUCCAAGCGGAAGUCGAACUGAAACGGGAGGAGCUUCGAACGAUGGUUGGUGAACGCUAUCGUGAUCUGCUAAAAGCAGCCGACACCAUCGGGGACAUGAGGACGACGGCCAGUUCUAUCAUUCAGAACGUUGAGAAUAUUACUUCCGCUUGCCGGAAGCUUAACGAUCAUCAGCUAAUCGGAUUCCGUUCGGGAAGUGAUCAGCAACGAGUGCUUCGAAAGAACACCAACAACAAGUUUCAUGGUGUUAUCGUACAGAUUAAACUGCUGACCAGUCUGCCGGAGAUGAUAUGGAGCGCCAUCGACGAUGAGGAUUACUUUGUAGCAACGCAGUUGUUUAUCUUCUCGAGACACAUUUCCACCGGUUUGCAGCUAGAUUCAAAUAGUGAAAUGAUGGCCAAGUUUCCGGUGGCCAAGAAGCAGUGGGCCGUCUUGAGUCAGUUCUUCUUCACCAUCAAACAGAAUUGCGCCUCCUGUUUGGAGCGGGAAGAUUUGACACCCGAAGUGGCUGCCAAAUGCUUGGCCAGUUUACUGCUGCUUGAAAAUUGUCAACUAGAUCAUAUUCUGUCUUUGUUUGUGCAAAUGCGUCUCAAGGCAUAUGCGGGCGUGCUGUCGGAAAAUUCACGACACGGAAAGGUGAAGGAUAAGAUUCUGGCUAGUUUGAAGCUGCUGAUGAAUACGGUAAAUUUGAUGAAUGAAUGUUUCAUCGGUUCCGAGCAAGAACAUGGUUUAUUGAUAAAGGAACUUAUGCUGGUCACGGAUGAAAUUGCGCUACCGACCAUACAUUUGAUCAAAUCUGAAGAUCCUAAAAUUAUUCAAACAUUACCUGAUAUAAUCUGCAAAUUCAGGCCACGAAUCGUCUUGCAGUCGUUGAGUCCUGAAUUGGUACGAAAAAGUUCUCAACUUUGGCUGAAAAAUGUCGAGAAGAUUGCAAUCAGCCAGCUGAGCAAUUUGAUGGACCUAGUAACGACGAUAAAAGUUCUUCAUGACAUAAAGAAACUUUCGCUGGAAGCAGCUUGCAAACCUGGCGAGUGGUCGAUAAUUUGUAAAAAGUUGUCAUUUCCUGAGUCUUUAGAUUUCUACGUUCUAUUCUACCAACCAUUGAUUAACUCUCGCAUCAAGGCAAUCAUCAAAAAGUGCUGGUCCGAAAUGGUUACAAGCAGCAGUUGCGACAUUCUCAACUUGCUUUCUUCUGUGGCCGUCGACAAAUCAUUGAGAGAUGUGAAAUCUUUCGUUUGGUCCGAAUCCUCGGAGGAUAUUCCCCUGAACUUGAAAGCUGCAUUAGAUCGUUCAAAUCUGGCGACUCACUAUCUGUUGAUGAAAUCGAAAGCCUUUCCACCAGUUUUGGUAAAUCUUGCAUCAUCACUCGAUGAACGAAUCCAGUCGCUAACGAAGGACGUAGCGUCUUUCCUGGAAACAUCAGCGACGAAUGAAACGAGUCAACUCAUCGAGUUUUACAGCGAUUGCAGCGUGGAAAACAUAAAUGAGCUGCUAACAGCCAUCAAGACCAGGGACUAUAAGCAAUCGCCGGAAAAAUUCAUUCUGUUGGCUCGUCUUCUAAUUGCUUACAGAGAACUAUGCCCUUCGCUGAAGCAAUGCCUCACGCCGUCCUUGAUGACUCAAGCCGAAGUCACGGUUCCCUGGCAAAGCGAGGACAAACUUACCGAUGGCGAACGGUGGAGCAACGUUUCCGGUUUGCUGGAAGAGGAAAGUUUGAGAUUCUGGAAGCUGUGGUUGGAGCAAUUCGUUACAAAAUGGCCCCAGCUGGAAAGGCAAAUCAGUUACCAGACACUGCUGACGGAAUUUCCGCUCUGGGACACAGUCACCAUCGAGGAAAACGACGAGCAAAACCAACCGGUGCAAUCGACCAUACACGUACCUGCCCUACCGAGUUUCCCCCUGCAAAAGCUUCUGCAUGUCAUUGCCACUCUUCUAAACGCGUUAGUUCCACAAACGAUCCCAAAAACCAUCAUAGUUCAGGUGGUCGAACGAAUUAUUUCCUACUUGCACGACCAUUAUCAGUUCCUAUCGCAGAAUGAAUUCGUUCGGAAAAACCAAAACAGUGCCUUGCAGUAUUAUUUCGAUCUUAAAUUUGUCCAACUGCUCUUCUCCGGACGCGAACGCAAGCAACUGGCGGAUCCCUACAAUGAUCUGAUUAACGAAUUCAAAACCUACAUCGAUCCGUUCGAUUUCGAUGUGUUCUACCCGCACGUUAACACCAAUGUGAAGCGUGCCGUCCAGCGGAUGCAUCAUUUCUUCGGUAUUCUGGUGGCGAAUGGUGAUCAGCUGAAUUCAAUCCUCGGAACCGCUGGCAGUGGAGCAGCCGUUCCGAUCAAACUAGCAGGACAGGAUAAGAAUCCCAACAUACUGGCACUUAGUUCGAACAGUGCCAGCGAAACGUGGUUCCCGCUGUUGCCCAUCGUUACCAAGGAUUCACUGACCGCCAGUGCUGGAGCUGCGCCACUGGAGCCAGUCAAAGCGACGAAGCCUGCUGAAGAGAUGAAGCCUUCAAAGCCACCAUCCAAAGAACCUUCCGCUAGCAGAACGCGAGAGACGGUUUCCUCUUCAACGGUAACGGCGCAAAACUACGCCAAAGGUGCAGCAGCUUUCUUCGGGCUCGAUAAGGAUUGGUUCAGAUAGACAUACCUACUAAAAUAGCAAUAAGGCACUUGUGUUAUUCAUCAAUUGUUGCGUUUAAUACUUUUUCGUCUUCAACUUUCUUCAACUUCGCCUAAUUUUAAUGCGUCUUAAAAAUAAUACACACAAUAUUUAAACACAGAAAAAGGAAUACUUAUAAAGUAAGAAUUUGGUCCGACUCAAAACCGUAGCCAAAAAAUUUCACAGUCCAAUUUAUCUCUUCCGAAAGGCCAUCUGUUGAGGAUGCUCUCCG